AUGUCGCUGGUAAGCCAGAAUUCGCGCCGCCGCCGCCGCCGCAGUGCAAAGGCCACUGCGCAGAACAGCAGCUGGGGUGAAAUGCAGGCCCCUGACGCCCCCAGUCUCUCCGCUGCUAUGCCAGGCCCAGACGUCCCCCAGGGUCCCAGCGAUCUGGAGACCCUCCAGGGCCUCUGCGCCUCUGAGGACCCAGGCACCUCCGUGCCGCCCACCCCUGAUGAGGGCCCAACCACCUCUAAGCCGCCCACCGUCUCUGAGGGCUCAAUCGCCUCCGAGCAGCCCACCGUCUCCGAGGGGCCGAACACCUCAGAGCUGCCCACCCCCAUUGAGGGCCCAAGCACCUCUGGGCCUCCUGCGGUCUCUGAGGGACUGAACACAGCCGUAUUGAUCAACGCCUAUGAGGGCCUAAGCCCCCUUGUGUCACCCUCUGCUUCUGAGGGCUCAAGCGUCUCUGAGCAGCCCACUGUCACUGAGGGGCUGAACACCUCCGAGCUACCCCUCUCCGAUGAGGGCCCAAGCACUUCUGUGCUGCCCACCACCGCUGAGGGACUGGGCAUCUCCGUGUCGCCCACCCCCGCUGAGGGCCCCAGCACCUCCGUGCUGACCACCGUCUCUGAGGGACUGGGCAUCUCUGUGCCGCCCACCUCCAGUGAGGGACUGAGCAAUCUUAUGCCGCCCACCCUCUCCGAGGGACCGGGCAUCAACGUGCCGCCCCCAUCCGGUGAAGGUCCGAGCACCUCUGUGCCGCCCACCACCUCUGAGGGACCUGACACCUCUGUGCUGCCCCCAUCCGGUGAAGGCCCGAGCACCUCUGUGCCGCCCACCACCUCUGAUGGACUAGGCAUCUCCGUGCCGCCCCCCUCCAGUAAGGGCCAGAUCACCUCUGUGCUGCCCUCCUCUGGUAAGGGCCCGAUCACCUCGGUGCCGCCCACUGACUCUGAGGGACCUGGCGCCUCGGAGCCGCCCACCCGCGGUGAGGUCCCGAGCACCUCCGUGCGGCGCAAUUCCGGGGAGGGCCCGAGCACCUCUGGAAUGGCCACUGCGGCCGAGGACCCGAGCACCUCUGGGAUGCUCAUCGUUGCUGAGGGCCCGAGUACCUCUGGAAUGGCCACUGCCACCGAGGGCCAGAGCACAUCUGAGAUGCUGACAGUUGGGGAGGGCCCAAGCACCUUUGACAUGGCCGCCGCCGCCGCCGCCGCUGAAGGCCCGAGCACCUCUGGGAUGCUCAUCAUUGCCGAGGGCCCGAGCACCUUGUUGAGCUUGGGUGCUGCUGUGGGCCAGACCUCCUCCAAGUGCCCUAUUGCUUUGCCAAGCUCCUGCGUCGCCAGGCCCUCCUCGGACUCUAAGCGCCCCAAGGGUGCGGAAGGCCCCAUGGAAUUCCAGGUCCUCAGAGACCGUGAGAACUCCAACUCCAUUACGAUUAUGGGCCUUGGCACUACCCAGGUCGCGCUAACCCUGAAGCCCCAGGAUCCUAUGGAGCAGAAUGUAGCUGAGUUGUUACAGUUUCUGCUGGUGAAGGAUCAGAGCAAGUACCCUAUCCGGGAAUCCGAAAUGCGGCAAUAUAUUGUUAAAGAAUAUCGCAGCCAGUUCCCUGAGAUCCUCAGGCGAGCAGCAGCCCACCUGGAGUGCAUUUUUAGAUUUGAAUUGAGGGAGCUUGAUCCUGAAGAGCGCACAUAUAUCCUGCUCAACAAGCUGGGGCCUGUGCCCUUUGAAGGACUGGAAGAGAACCCAAAUGGGCCAAAGAUGGGCCUCCUGAUGAUGAUCCUAGGACAAAUCCUCCUCAAUGGCAACCAAGCCAAGGAAGCUGAGAUUUGGGAAAUGCUCUGGAGGAUGGGGGUGCAGCGAGAGAGGAGGCUUUCCAUUUUUGGGAACCCAAAGAGACUUCUGUCUGUAGAGUUUGUAUGGCAGCGGUACUUGGACUACAGGCCAAUAACUGACCGUACCCCAGUGGAAUACGAAUUUUUCUGGGGACCAAGAUCCCACAUAGAAACCAGCAAGAUGAAAAUUCUGAAGUUCAUGGCUAAGAUCUAUAACAAAGAUCCUUCCGACUGGCCAGAGCCAUACAAUGAGGCUCUGGAAGAAGAGGCUGCUAGAGCCUAUGCUGAGGGUUGGCAAGCUCUCCCUCCCUUUAGGAGGCCCUUUUUUGAAGAAGCUGCAGAGGUAGCAUCUCCUGAUUUUGAUGUUUCUGCCUAUCCCUCAAAAUAUCCUCCACAUUCAUGGCCUGAGUCAAGAAUGGAGAGCAAGUCAAGGAAGUUGGUGCAGUUAUUUCUGCUGAUGGAUUCGACUAAGCUGCCUAUACCAAAGAAAGGAAUUCUGUACUACAUUGGCCGAGAGUGCAGCAAAGUAUUCCCUGACCUCCUGAAUCGUGCUGCUCGCACCCUGAACCACGUGUAUGGGACAGAGCUAGUGGUUCUCGAUCCAAGAAACCACUCCUAUACCCUGUACAACCGAAGAGAAAUGGAAGAUACUGAAGAGAUUGUAGAUAGUCCAAAUAGGCCUGGCAACAACUUCUUGAUGCAGGUUCUGAGCUUCAUCUUUAUAAUGGGCAACCAUGCUAGGGAGUCUGCAGUGUGGGCCUUUCUGCGGGGCUUAGGGGUUCAAGCUGGGAGAAAGCAUGUGAUUACCUGUAGGUAUUUGAGUCAGCGCUACAUAGACAGUUUACGGGUUCCCGACAGUGAUCCAGUACAAUAUGAGUUUGUAUGGGGCCCUAGAGCCCGCUUGGAAACCUCCAAGAUGAAAGCGCUGCGCUAUGUGGCCAGAAUCCACAGAAAGGAGCCACAGGACUGGCCAGAGCAGUACAGGGAGGCAAUGGAAGAUGAGGCCAAUAGAGCUGAUGCUGGUCACAGGCAAUUCCUUGUUCACAACUUCAGAUAGAGGAGUAUGUGGCAGUCAGAGAGGCCUUGCAAGGCCGGGCCCUAGAGCCCUAUGCCUCAUGUAUUGGGUGGGGGGGUAUGUAUUGUAUUUGUAUUUGUGUUCCAGUUCCAUUUAUGUCUUUUCAUAUUUAGUUCUUGUUUGGUAUCUUGAAAUGUUUCAAUUGUUUUAAUAUAUUGUCCAGUAGGGUAAAUGUGAUUGACUACUUGCUGUCUCUGUUGUAUUUUGGUAUAAGAGUUUUGAUAGUGUUAUAAAAUGUUUUGGGAAUCUUUCCAUCUUGUUGCAUUAUCUGGAAGAGAAUAUAUAGCAUAUAGCUAUAGAUAUAGGCUUUUCCUUGAAAGCUUGAAAAAAAUUCACCAGUAAAGUGAUCUAGCUUCUGAUGUUAAACAAACAAGCAAAUAUAUCAACAACUGAAAAAGCACUCUAAGUUAUGGCUGGCCUCCCUUUCUGUCUGCUAUUGUGUAAAGAAUACCAAUGUUUACCUGUAUUUGCUUUGCUGUACUAAAAUGUAAUGAAAAAUAAAAGUGUAAUAAAU